AUGUUCGAACUAUCAUCAGAACCUGCUGACACAGUGGUAGGUGAGGGCGACGGUGCGGUCCUGGCGUGUGGGGCGCCCCCACCAGCUCGCAUAUCCUGGCGGUACAGCGCUUCCGCACCACCUACCAGGGACCAUGCACUACCCCGCGCUGAUACCUACAGGAAGCAACUUAAUAACGGAUCGCUGUUGAUAGACAGCAUGUCGUCAACGCUGGCUGGCCAGUACCAGUGUGUGGCGACAGUGGACGGGAUUGGUACUGUUGUGUCCAGAGUGGCCAGUGUUUUUUUAGCUGAAGUACCAGAACUAGGCGAAGGUCCGCGAGUGGUGAUGGGGGUGCUAGGGUCACCAGCGCUGUUGUCCUGCCCCAUAAACCUGCCAACGCGUCUGGCGGUGCGCAUCAUACCAUCACCGUCCGCUUCCCAGCCUGAGAGACGGGUGUAUGGUGCUGGGAAAAUACUAGCACCACCACCUGUACUUAAACUAAACGUUACGUGGUUAAAAAACGGCUCGCCUGUCCGAAUGGAAGCGGCGCGCGUGUCUCUAACUCCAGGAGGCGCGUUAGAGCUCGACCCGCUACGCACGCAUGACGCGGCUGUGUACCGAUGCUCUGUUUCACUGCCGCACGCGCAUGCGCAUCAAGCCCCAAGAUUAGGUCCGGAAGUGGAGUUGCGGGUAAACAGCGAACUUGCAAAUUUAGAGUCUGCUCCGAGAUUCAUCACAACGCCUCAACCUGUCACUGUAAUGGAAGGUGCUUCGGUGACGUUCGACUGCGCGGCCGUCGGAAACCCUAAACCGGAAAUGGUUUGGCUAAACAACGGCGUGGCUAUUGAUCUCAAUGACCUGGACUCCCGGCUGUACCUGGUGGGGUCGGGCUCGCUGCGCGUGCUGGCGGCCCGGCCGCAGGACGCCGGCGCCUACACGUGCCGCGCCACCAACCGCCUGGACUCCGCCGACCACUCCGCGCAGCUCACCGUCAUGACGGCCCCGCGGGUGUUGCUGCGCGAGGGCGGCGUGGUGCGCGCGCGGGCCCGCGGUGACGUCACGCUGCGCUGCGAGGCGCGCGGCCGGCCCGCGCCCGCCGUCACCUGGCUCAAGGACGGCGAGCCGCUGACGCCCAACGACCACGACAUCGCGCUGGUGGACGGUACAUCGCUCCGAAUCCGCGGCGUGCUAGAUGUGGACGCGGGUGUAUUCCAGUGUGCAGCCUCCUCACCUGCAGGCAGCGCCACUGCACCACUACGACUUCUGGUAUCACCGCAUGAUAAACCUCUCCCAAAAUUGACCAAUUCCACCCAAGACAUUUUCAACACCCUCAUUUCCGGUGACUUCGACCGAACCCUAGACCCAACUCCCGAAGACCUAGACUUUCUAGGCGAGACCUCCUCCGCUUACACACCCGAACCCGUAUACGACGAUUAUAGUGAAAACGCUCUUGAUAAUGACUAUUCCAUACAUGCUGCUGAAGAACUGGAUUCCGAGGAGUUCAAGACCGGUAAUGCUAGCGUCAUAUCUCCGCCGCGAGACUUGAAAGCUGUGAUUGUCAAACAUAGGUUCGUGACGCUAACUUGGGAAGAACCCGAGCAUAAGUUGGAGGAAGUUACGGGAUACGCUAUACUUUACAAAGUCAAAGGGAGCGAGCGUGAGCGCCUCGCUCGUGGUGAAGCCCGUCGCCACGAAAUGAAUGUGGCGUCACUGCAGCCGAAUACCACUUACCAGUUCAAGGCGCUAGCGCUCACCGAACACGCAAUAUCCCCUCCUACUGAGAUGAUCGAAGCCACGACCCCUCCGGAGGAGCUGUCAUACGGGCCCCCUCUCAACGUACGCGUAGAGCCGGCAGGGGCCCACGCCUUAAGAGUCAGUUGGGACGAGCCCGAGCCCCUACCGGGCUCUGCGCGCACUCCACCUGCUAGAUACGCCAUCUAUUACACCGAGGUGGAGAGCGGGCGCGAGCAGACGGCGUGGGCGGAGCGGCCGCCCGCCGUGCUGGGCGGGCUGCGCGCCGCGGCCGCCUACCGCGUGCGCGUGUGCGCGGUGGGCGGCGCGCCCUCCGCCGAGCUGCGCGCGCGCACCGCCCACGACGCGCCCGCCGCGCCGCCCGCUAACGUCACCGCCACGCCACUUUCCGACACGUCGCUCCUGGUCCGCUGGGAGGCGCCCCCGCCGCGCACCCACCGCGGGCCGCUCACGGGCUACAAGCUCCGCUACCGCGCCCUCCCCGCGGGGGUGGGGGCGGGGGCGGGGGCGGGCGCCAAGAAGAGGGCGGACUCCCUCACCACUCCCGCCGACACCAGGCGCGCUGAGCUGCACGGACUCGAACCUGCCACUACUUACCAGAUCCGCGUGUGCGCCAUGAACGCGAACGGCUCGGGCCCCUUCAGUGAAUGGGCGGCGGCGGCCACGCUGGGCCGGCGCCGGGUCGACAGCGCCGUGCCCGACCGGCCCCCACCACUCACCACCCGUGCUGGUCGCGAUUGGAUCUCAGUGUGGUGGGGGGGUAGUGAGGGGGGUGGAGCUCUAGUGCGUGGCUACUGGCUGGGCUGGGGGCUGGGUGUGCCCGAUGAACAUUCGAAAGAACUACCCGCUCACGCCCACUCGCAUGUUAUACGGGGACUCGAAUCGAACUCAGAAUACGUUAUAUCACUACGCGCGAGCAACGCCCUAGGAUUAGGACCAGCGGUGUAUGCCACCGUGCGGACAAAACCCUCUGAGCCAGAUGAAGAUGAGCCGGAUGAGCCGGAUGAGCCGGACGCGGACGAGCCGGACGAUCCAGACGAAGAGGAGGAUGAGACGCCGCCUCUUAUACCACCCGUGGGAGUUAAGGUUAUAAUGCUAAGCGGGACGACUGCGGUCGUGUACUGGACAGAUCCUACGUUGCCGAAAGGACAAACGGCCACAGACGGUCGCCGCUACGCCGUCCGCUGGUCGGGUGGCGGGCGCACUCGUGUAUACAACGUGUCGGACCUCAACUGCAUGGUGGACGACCUGCGCCCCUACACACACUACGAGUUCGCCGUCAAGCUCAUCAAGGGUGAUCGUGAGUCAGCAUGGUCGAUGCUUGCAUCAAACACGUCACUGGAGGCCGCCCCGGGCUCCGCCCCCCGAGACCUCCGGAUCACAGCCGCGGCCCCUCCCGCAAGGGCAGUUGAUUUGACCUGGAGUCCCCCAGCAAGACCUAAUGGACAGUUGACUGGCUACAUCGUGAUGUACGCGGCCCAGCGCGCCACGGGCGCUGCGGAGGAGUGGACGGCGGUGGCGGUGGCGGGCGAGCGCGGCCGGGCCCGUGUGGAGCGCCUGCGCGCGCGCACCGCCUACUUGUUCAAGAUCCAGGCGCGCAACAGCAAGGGGCUCGGGCCCUUCAGCGCGCCCGUCGCCUACACCACGGGCGCCGAAGGCGGCGAGGGCGGCGGGCUGGCGAGCGCCACGUCCGCGUGGCUGUGGGCCAGCGCCGGCGGCGCCUGCGCCGUGCUGGCGCUGGCGGCGGCGCUGGCGCUGUCGCUGUGCUGCCGCAGGAACAGCGCGCCGCUGUCGCCCGACACCAGUACAUACCAAAAGGCGUCUGCGUCGGCGGCCAUCAAGCCUCCGGACCUGUGGAUCCACCACGACCAGAUGGAGCUCAAGCACAUGGACAAGAGCUUGCACAGCUCUGCCAGUAAGAUAUCGGCCGGCAGUGUGGAGGGCAGUGCGCUGGUGUCUUCGACCCUAACACUGGCGAGGGCGCCGCCCGCCCUAGCGGACUACGAGCCGGCUCGACACGCCCCACCCGCCUCACUUGCCAGUCUCGACAGACGCUACGUGCCCACUUAUGUCGAGUCCCGCCGGUCGCCGUCGGUGGCGGGCAGCAGCGACGACACCGCGGUGUUGCGGGCCUCGCCCUACCGCUGCGAUUAUCGAUCGAUGACAGGAGUGGGCGUGGGCGUGGGGGUAGGCGUGGGAUGCACGGGGACUUGUGAAAGACGGAGACACUUACCAGAUCAGAGUACUCCACUACUGUCAGGCGUGGCUCCUUUGGGUUCUCCGCAGGCGUCGCUGGGGUCUCUCCAGCACCACCCCUCCCACCCUCCGCCUGCCGCCGCCCCCGCGCCGUGCCCGCUGGGCAGCGCGUGCUCCGCGGCGGGCGACGUGUACGCCAGCGCCGCCAGCGCGCGCGAGCGCGGCCACUACGUCGCCUACGAGCCCCUGGGGCACUACACGCAUCGCGACUCCCUCAGCAGUGAUGGUGUAGGGGGGGUUGGAGUGGGGGGUCAGGUCCCCAGUGGAGCGGGCUCACUACAGCGACGCGCGGGCUGCGGUCCUCUACACAGCUUCACUCUACCAGACACCGCGUCUGACCACUCUACACCUUCGCAUUCUAAGGGUAACGUGAGGGAGACGUCUCCUUACAAGAAGAGCGCGAGUUCAUCGCCCGGACACAUUCCUAAUCGACUUCAGCUGGGUGGCAGCGUAUCUCAUCGGCCCGAAGAACUCGAACCCCUGACCCCCUCGCGCUCAACUGAACGCCUGCACCGCGAAAUGCAAAACCUCGAGGGUCUCAUGAAGGAUCUGUCGGCAAUAACUCAGAACCAGUUCCACUGCUAG